AUGCCAGUGCAGCGUUUGUCUAGUAAUCGGGUUGCAUGGAAUGUGGAUGGAAGUAGCAGUGAUCAAUUGGAGGACUCGUCCUGGAUUCAAUAUUGGGAGGAAGAAACACGCCAAUCGAGAGGCAGAUGUAGCUACCUUGGCUGCAACAAUCCUGCGCAGGUGGGCGGACAUAUCUGGAUGGCACGCCAUGGGCGGCCCACAAUUGCUCCGAUCUGUAGAAGCUGCAACAAUCCAGAGAACCCCAAUCGCAUGCAGGGGGGCAACAGCCAGUUGCGAAGCGGCACGAUUGUGGUGGACACAGAUUACACACACGACAUGCAGAUUUCAAAUCGUAGGUUUGCUGAAGAAGUGCGAAUUUGCAACGAGUGUGAUGAGGAUAUUUCAGAUAGACCACAAAAUCAUGACAUGUGUCUCAACUGCUGGAAUGGACGCGGAAGAGGGGCGAGAAGACGUUGCCAACUUUGUCGCGUAAACAUCUCAGGUCGUCCAGCAAACCACAAUCUGUGCUUGGAUUGUUUUCGUCAGAGCGGUGGCAGAGGUACCGGAAGCCAAUCACGACGUGGACGACGUUGCCAAGAUUGUGGCGGAGACAUUGCAGAUCGCCCAGCCAACCAUUCUCUUUGCUUGAAUUGCUUCCAUCGGAGCAGGGGCAGAACCAGUCCUAUCGGUAGGCGCAGAGGGAGGCGUUGCCAGGAAUGCGGCCAAGACAUUUCAGAUCGCCCAGCAAACCAUAAUCUUUGCUAUGGCUGUUACAAUGACUCCAGCUCAGCCGGAAGCUACUAG